AUGUGUAUGAAGAGGGAGUUUUCUAUGUUAUGUUUGUUGAUAUCAGGCCCGAGAGCACCAGGUAAAGAUAUCGAUGUUUACUUACAAACAUUUAUUGAAGAGUUGAAAGAGUUAUGGAAUGAUGGUGUUAUGACUUUCGACAGCUUCACCGGUUCUGAAUUUCUGAUGAGAGCUAGGUUGUUAAGGGCAAUUCAUGAUUUUCGAGCAUUAGGGACUCUUUCUGGAUGUGUAAAUCAUGGGUAUUUUGCUUGUCCAAGUUGUGGAGAAGAAACAGAUGCUGAGUGGCUGCCAUAUAAUAAGAAGUUGUGUUAUAUGGGACAUCGAAGAUGGCUGCCAACGAAACACAAGUUUAGAGAUGAUAAAACAAACUUCAGUGGAGGAGUUGAUCAUGGUAAAGCUCCAUGGCCACUAACAGGAUUUCAAGUUCAAGAGAUGGUAGCUAAUUUGAAAAGCAAACAGGGUAAAGGAAAACCACCAUCAAAGAAACGUAAAAGAGGGACUGAAAGGUAUGCUGAUGAAGAAAUUUCCGAUCACUCUUUAUUUUCUCAAAGGUCUAUUCUUUAUGAUUUGCCGUAUUGGAGAGCGAACACAGUUCGUCACUGUACAGAUGUGAUGCAUACCGAGAAGAAUAUAACUGAGCACAUUGUUAAUACUGUAUUGGGAAAUAGCAAGUCAAAAGAUGUUCUUAAUGCACGUAAAGAUAUGGAAGCUAUGGGGAUUAAAAAGCGGUUAUGGUUGAAAGAGGAUGACAACACGGGCAAGACAACAAUGGAAGAUGGGUCUUUUGCCUUAACAAAGGAUGAAAAAGUUGCUUUCUGUACAGUUUUGAAGAAUUUAAGGGUGCCUUCAAAUUUCUGUUCCAAUCUUCGCAACAACGUUGGUAUAAAUCCACCGGAGUUGAAGAAUUUAAAGUCUCAUGAUUACCAUGUUAUGAUGCAGUCUUUGUUUCCACUGCUUGUUCAUACUGCAACUUCAUUUCCUAAAGAUCUGCGAGUUGCUCUUCUCCGGAUUAGUUUAUUUUUCAAUAUCUUAUGUGCGAAGGUUAUUAACAGAGAGCAUCUUUUACAAGAUAAAGCUAGUUUGGUGGAGGGAUAUGAAGCUUUAAUCUGCGGUCCGGUCAGAUUUAGGUGGAUGUACCCCUUUGAGAGGUUAAUGAAAGGAUUUAAAGGGUUAGUGCGCAAUAAAAGGUACAUUGAGGGAUGCAUUGCGAGAGGGUAUUCGUUGCGAGAAGCUAGCUUAUUUUUUAUGGAUGGCAUGUCAGAUGAUGGUGAUGGUACUCAUAAACAUACUCGACGGGCUUUUUUAGAUGAUGACUAUGAGUUUGCAGAUGAGAUGCCUCUAAGUACUGGAAAGAGUAUGACUUUAACUCAAUAUGCUAGAGUUAUGCUAUUUGUUUGUUCUUUGAAGAAGUAUGAUUCCUAUGUUAGUUGCAACACGUCUAAUGGUCAGCAGACCUCAAAGAGUUUUCAUUUGAUAGAAGCCAAAGAGACUGAUUCAACACUUUGGAGACUCGUGCAAGGACCCCUCUUCAAGGCACGAUCCUACAGGAAAUACCAAGUCAAUGGCUUUACUUUUAGCACACUAGGUUGUGAGGCGAAGAAUAUAUCGCAAAACAGUGGCGUAUCAAUGAAAGCUUUUACAAGACUGAAAGUGAAGUCGGCCGAGGAAGCAGAAAUAACUUAUUACGGAGUUAUUAAAGAGAUUAUCGUCUUGAAUUACAUGGAGUUUGAAGAAACUGUUUUCUGUUGUGAUUGGGUUAGUGUUGGAGAUAAGAAUGCGUGUAAGGUUGAUGCAGUUUCAAAGGUUAUAAAGGUCAACUUAUCCAAGAUGAAAAACAAAGUUAGAGUGUCCGAUGAGCCGUUUAUCCUUGCAUCUGAAGCGACUCAAGUGUUCUACUCGAAGGAUCUUACAGAUGAGGGAUGGUCCGUGGUGUUGCACUCACAUCAGGGGUUAACUUGUUCAGUAGAUAAAUUUGAAGUUCCUACAGCUUAUCAAUCAGUUCUUACUGACAAUGAGAAUUUCAAAAAGUUGCUUUCAAUUGGUUCUAUUUGA